AUGAUGGGUCUCCGCUCGUUUCGUCCUACAUCUUCUACACCACUUCUUUCCACACUCGUGUUUUGCCGCCACUUUGCUCUUGUUUGUGAAGUAGAUUUCGCCACACUUCUUGCACAAUUUGUGGAGACCGGUUUGAUUGUGAAAGUAGCUCCAAUGUCUGCACAAUCUUCUGCUUCAAAAUCUGGUGAAUCGAAGGUCACUCCGACCCUGGUCUCGUCGGUGGCGUUCUUCGGAGCAUACUUCGUGACUAGCUCCAUCACCAUUUCUCCAAAGUGGUUUGGACCAAAAGCACCGAUUGUGGCUGAUUUUGAAAAUACUUACAUCGGCAGCCUGUGUGUGAGUCAUCACAACAUCCUCCUCUUCCGGUUCCUCAUUUCUUCUCAUCUCUUCCUGCUCCACGGUCGUAUCGACCAUCUCUCUGACAAGUACGGUGAUCUCAUCGUUAGCGUAGCUGCUCAUUCUGAAAACACAAUGGUUAUUCAAAAGUCUGUCGCCAGUAAUGAAGUAGGCACAGGAUAUGUAUAUCCGCCUAGUGUGCAAGAUCAAGUUGGAGUGGUUUCUUCGAAUGGUCUGGAUCAGUACUUUUAUACAUCGGCCCCAACUCAAAAGCCUGAAAAGAAGCCUGAAGCCUUCGUUUUCAACUUUGCCAAGGGUUCCAUGCCUACCGUCCACAUUCACCCAAAACCUUAG